CAAAUAUCACUUUGACAUCUACCAACACGUGUGUAUAUAUCAAUCUCUGUUACAAGUGCGGUAUGUUUAAUUUCUGAAAAAUUAACAAAUUUGUUCUGUUUUAAGUUUUAAAAAACAUCGUUGUUAAAAAUAUGUUGAAUCCAAAUGAAAAAUCAACAAAAAAGCGUAAAAACGUGCAAGAAAAUGAUAGCCAAACAUCGGUUGAUCCAGCCGCAAAAAAGCUGAAGCUAAAGAAAGACCUACACAAAGUGGCCAAAGUUGAAGAAAUCAAUCAGUUAAAAGCCACCGAAAAAUUGUAUCAUUCGAAUUUUUUCCACUUGCAAACCGAAGAAUUGUUGAAAGAAACCAAAUUAACCGAAAAACGAGCGGCAUUUGCUGAAACAUUUUUCAAAGGAUUAGUCGAAUUUUUAAAAUCGCUACCGACGCAAGAGAACGAAACACCGGUUCACGAAUUGAAAUGGUUGAAGAAAAAUAAAAUUGUGCCACCGAUCAGCGAGGAGAUUCCAUUUGAUUCAGCACCAAUUAAAUUCCGUUUCGUUACACCGUCUUCAAUUUUUCCGGUUGGAUCGUUUCGGGCACAAACAGUUAUCAAAGUGCAAACCACUUUAGAUAUUUGUAUUGAGAUUCCGGCCGAUUUUUUCCCCAAAGGCAAUCACUUAAACGGAAUCUACCAUCGAAAAAAGGCACUCUAUUUGAGCUAUCUUGCGUUGAAAGUUAAAUCUUGGGAUCAAGUGACCAAUUGUAAAUUCACUUUUGUAAAUGGAAAUCCAUUCCAACCGGUUUUAGUGCUAGAGCCGACUGGAAAAUAUGGAAAAAACAUUUGUUUCCAUUUGCGAGCCACUUGCGGCGAAGAAAGUUUUAAAAUCGAACGCUUGGCACCGGAAAAAUCGAACGUUAAACAAUUGACCGAACUGAAAUGUUCGAAAAAGAAGACAUCGACUGAUGUUAUUAAAAAUACGGAACAUUCAGCAACGCCCUAUUAUAAUAGCACUAUUUUGGGUGAUUUAAAUACAAAAUUUAAUGACACAUAUCUAUGCAAUACGCUCGGCACUAAUCCACACGUCAGAGAUGCCAUAAUUUUGUUGAAAAUUUGGUUGAAGCAACGCGAAUACAAUGUGGGAGAGGGUGGUUUCAAUGGCUUCAUUUUGUCAAUGUUUAUCGCAUAUUUGAUACAAAAGAAUCUAAUCACACCGUCAAUGAAUAGCUAUCAAAUUAUUCGCCAGGCUUGGAUUCAUCUAGCCAAUACAUCAUGGGAUGAAUUAAACAAGAGCAUUUCGAUUUAUGAGUCAAAGUUCCGUACAACACAACCCGAACCAGAGAUUUUCCAUCAGUAUUUCGAUGUUGUAUUUAUCGAUUCGACUGGUUACUAUAAUAUUUGUGCCAAUCUCUCGUUGGACAUAUAUCGUCGUGUACGUCAUGAAAGCUCGCUCGCAUUGAAAUUAUUAAACAACGAACAUGUAAAUAGUUUUCGAUUUUUGUUUGCAACUAAAAUGCCGUUGUACACCCAGGUUGACCACAUCGUUCGAUUUGAUGUGACCAACUUGUUGAAGAAGUCAGAACAAUCUGAAACAUUAUUUAGUGUAUGCGGUUUUUGGCAUGCAUAUGCAGAAAAAAUGGUAUUGGGUGUUCUACGGAAAGGCUUGGAUAAACGUGUUCAUGCAAUUUUACCAAUAAGUGAAAUUCAUGAAGGCAACUCACAAACCUGGAAUAUCAACGAACAUCACACACCAAACGAACGUGUACUGAAAAUUGGACUCGUUCUAAAUCAAGAAUAUGCACUUGAUAUUUUGGACAAAGGACCACAAUCAAAUCUACCUGAAGCAGAAGAAUACCGACAAUUCUGGGGCUCGAAGUCGGAAUUGAGGCGAUUCCAAGAUGGAUCAAUUUCGGAGGCUUGUGUUUGGGGUUCAUUGACAUCAUCAUUAGCCGAAAAGAGAUUAGUUUGCAAACGAAUUGUCGAACAUUUAUUGGAACAUCAUUUUAAUAUCGAUAACGAUAAAAUUCAGUACACAGCUGCACAAAUGGAUUCAGCGUACGCUAUUAAUGAAUGUUUUAAGGAAUUUUUAGAUGGCGACAAUAAUGCGGAAAAUAUGGCCGUUCAAGUUAUUAAGACAUUCGAUGAACUCGGCAAAAAUUUGAGAUCGCUCGAUGAAUUGCCACUAGUUAUUACAUCUGUGUUGGGUCAAUCGCCAGUGUUUCGCUAUUGCGAAUUACUUCCGGUCAUUGCAAAUGCAAGACUGUUUUCAAAAGACGAUAAGCAAACAUUCAAUGCGUCCAUAAUAAACGAGGGUGUUAUUCAAUUCGAAACAUCUGGAAAGUGGCCAAGUGAAUUGGGAGCACUUGAACGGGUCAAGGCUGCGUUUUGUCUUCAAAUUGCGCGCGGAUUGCGGAAAAAAUUUCACCUUCGUACCAAGGUCAAUGUGGAUUCCGUCGACGUGAUUAAAGACGGUUACAUGUUUCGAUACAAGAUAGCUGUUCCACGUGAGAUUGCAUUGCAUAUGAAAGAAGUGACUACAAAAGGCAUUACCAAAUACAGAGCUUCCGUAAAAAGUACGAAAAUGGAACGUGAAUUGAUGCUAAUUCCGAAAAUAACGGUCUCUUUGCACACACUUUAUCAUCAGCACUUAUCAUUUGGACCAACGGUACUUUUGGCAAAACGAUGGCUACGCUCACAAUUGAUCGAUCCAUUUUUGUUCGAUGACAUUUGUAUUGAACUCCUUGUCGCUCAUCAAUACUAUAAUGCAAUUGCAUCGGAGGCACCAGUACAACCACAGACUGCAUUCAUUCGAUUUUUGCAUAUGUUGUCCAAUACGAAUUGGAAUACAGAGUUGAUUCUAUUGAAUUUCAAUGAUGACCUAAGUCGUGAAUAUACGGAAAAAUUGGAAAUGGAAUUCGUUUCAACGCGAAAUGUAUUCCCACCGUUGUGCAUUAUUACGUCAUGUGGUGAGAUUGAUAAACACAUCGUGUGGUCAAAGAAAACACCGAGUGUUGAAAUACUUGCUCGAAUUACUCUAUUGGCUCGCCAUGCCAUCAAACUCAUUCAGCACAGUAUUUUUAAGGAUUUCACUGCUGAGCCACUAUUCACGGCAUCGAUUGACGGAUAUAACCUAUUGAUAAAUCUCAACAAAAGACACCUCAGAGACAAUCUUGUUCAUGAAUUUUCAAGCAAUAGCAACAAACCGUGCCGACAACGCAAACCUUUUAUACCAUUGUCCGAUUAUAAUCCAGUGGAAUCAUAUCUAAAUGAACUGCGAUCGGGUUACAGUCAUGUAGCCAUGUUCUUUUAUAAUCCAUGCGGUGGGGAUCGAAUAGCCGUCUUAUGGAAACCAAGCACAUUUACGAAACAAGAAUUUAAGAUUAGUGCUGCUGUUGGACAAGUAAGAGCCGAUGACGAUCAAUUGCAAUUCAAUCAUGAACAAUUGAAAAAUGACUUUUUGAUCUUGGGACAAGGUCUUGUAGAAAGCAUAACAGAUUUUGCGAAUUGAUCGCAAUAAGCAUUUUAUAAAUUUAUAAGUUUGGCUUUUAGAAAAGUCAAUGAUUUAUUUGGAAAAAUUGAAUAAAUGAA